AAUUAAAUGUGUCUUUUAAGUUGUAACAAACAUUUUAUGUAUGUCAUAUGAACUGUAUUUAUAAAGUUAGGUUCAGUGGGGUAAAUACUGGAGUCAGGCUCUUUCUGCAGCUUUAAAAAGCUUUAGAUUGCUUUGGCAUGGGAGACAGCUAAUUUCUUUUUAGUAUAGCUCUGUUGCAUUGUCUCUCUUGUAAGCCUUCAUUCCCUUCGGCCUCCAUCCCUCUCCGCCCUCCUCCCAGCUUUACACCUGUUUCUGCACUCCUGUUGGCCUUCAUUUUUUGCUGUGAAUUAUAAUUCACAGCAAAUUACACUCUUUGAAACUCUUUUGUUUCUGCUUCCCCUGAAACCGAACGCAUUUACUUGGAAACAAACUCUUUUUUGUGUGUUUCGUUUUACAUGGCAGUUAUUAUCACGAAAAAUGGAGGCAUACAUGUCCUUCCAGCUACAAAGCUGAGUCUUAUUGUGUCCGUGCGGAGCCCAUUUACCCGGCUGUCAUCAACAGCCAGGCUAACUAGCGGCUCUCCUUGGAAGCUCCCGGGCCAUGUGGCCCCGAAAUCGGCGGCUGAAGGUCCUUGGUCGCUGGCCUUCGCGGCACCGCUGACAAACAGAGAUAAAAACUCGGCCCCCAGCGCUGGGAGAGGAGCCCUUCCCUUCCUUUCAGGGUCUCUCCGGAGACGUGAAGGGAAAAAAGCCUUUUGCUCCCUGCGGCUCGGAAUUCCCGGCUUUUCUCUCUCUUUUGCUUGUAGUCGCGCGCCUCUCUCCGGCUAUGUCUAUCCUCUCUGCCGCCGUUUCCAGCCACGAAGCACAUACGUGCCUUCUUCAUGCAGCCGAGGACGGCACGGAUGACGCUCAUCUCCCGACCGCCGACCUCUUCCAAGAGUAGGGGAAAGAAGUCCACGGCCGCCCGAGGACGCGCGCUCUCCCUCGCCCCGAUUGACGUCACUAGCUGGAAUUCCUCCUCGCGGCAAGCGCGGAGACGCGCACGCGCGCCUCCAGAGACUCAACCAAGCACAGCCACAGCGGGUGAGUCGGCUAUCGGCUGCUCCGCUAGCCAGGGGGCGUGACGGACAGGUAGCGUUCUUUUUCAAAACAAAAUAAACCGCACGCCAAACGCAUAACCGGUAUCUUCGCCUCAAGGCAGGUCAGAGAGCCCCCCCCCCCUUUCCCCUCCUCCCGGGCAUGUGCAACCUCAAGGUGUCCCUGCUGCUUGCACUCGAGGCGUGAGUGUGGUGGCUUCGCUGUUCGAAUCUCCCUGGCAGCCAAAAGCCUCCAUUUCUUGCUGCAAGGAAAAUCAGAAUGAAGGAGAUAAUGCCUAAUAACAGUACAACAAAUAUAUCUCAAGCAAGAAAAGCAGUGGAGCAGUUAAAAAUGGAAGCAUAUCUGGAUAGGAUAAAGGUAUCCAAGGCAGCUGCUGAUUUAUUGGCAUAUUGUGAUGCUCAUAUGGGAGAAGAUCCCCUUAUUAUACCGGUGCCUGCAUCUGAAAAUCCCUUCCGGGAGAAGAAGCUCUUAUGUACUAUUCUAUGAUUCACCCUGCAGUUGAAAAUGUUAUCUGUGAAAAUACAUUACUGAUGGUGCAUGCUUUUCCUCAAGUUUUCUCCCAUAUAGUAAUUCAGUCGAAAAGUCAACCUUUCUAGAACACAAUAUAUUCUAAGUUAAUACAUUUUAAGUGAAGGUUUUUAAUGUCAAUUUUUCUAUCAGUGGUAUGUGCUCAACAUUUCUAUUGUUCUUUAUUUGUGUUUUGUAAUAAAAGAAUCCUAUUUGUUGUUACUUAUGCGAUAAUUAGAUUUUGUUGGUUAAAUUUCAUGAACUGUCUUUGGCUUGUUUGCAUAGUAGACUAGCCAUAGCUUAUAUAAUAAUGGCUUAUGAAUUAACCAAAUUGCCUGACGGAACACACAGUGAAUCAUAAAUCAACCAUACAGGUUAGAUUUGCACAACACACUGAGUCACAAAUUGGCCAAUCGCCUUUUAGCCUGGGUGCUGUGUGCCAACCCAGGCUGUCUUUCAGAGGAACUGAAACUAUGAUGAGCAAUAUGCACUAUCAAUUUCUUAACUAUUUUAUUUCCAUGUAAAAAGUGGGAUUGCAGAAGAGAAUGUGCUUGAUGAAUGUUUGAAUUAUGGAUACUAAAGUUAAAUCAAAUCUUCCCAAUUAGCUGCCUUAUACCAAGUCAAACAACUGGUCAACUUAUUGGAAUUAUCUGUACCGAUGGGCAGCACUUUCAGGUUUUGAACAGGAGCCUACUUAAGCCCAACCUGAGAUGCCAAGGAUUAAAUUUAGUACUUUUAAAAUCUAAAAUGUGUUCUUUACCAUUAAGAUGUUACUCUUCUGUUUUGUAUUGCAGUAUGCUAAUUGCAGCAGACAGUAGCACUAAUAAUCAUUCUAAUAAUAGAACCAGCACAUGAAAAACUUGCAGGCCAAAUAAAGAGCACACUGAUACCAUUCCAUAGGUCAAACUGGCACAGUGUGGAGUCCAGUUCAAAUAAAGAAUUCUUUUUUAAAAUUUAACACGUUAAUUAUAGUUUCUCUGGGUACCGAUUCCCAUUUCAUACUAAAAACUAUGCAGCCUGCAGCAAAGGAUGUCAUCUUGAUAUGUUCCUUAAUAUUUCAAAUUAUAUACCUCUAGCCUUUGUAAUAUGCUAAAUACAGAUUUCUAGUACAGUUGAGUGUGUAUUAAGUAACAUAGAUUUCUAUGGUCUUUAUAUUGGCUCUUAUCUUUAAAAAAAAUCUUAAGUCUGUGCUGGUAAAAGCUUGUUUGUCUGAAAUCAGUUAUAUAGUUCAUUUGGUAUAUGUUGUAUGAUAAAAUGUACUGUUAAUCAUUUUCCUUACUUGAAUAUUUUAAUAAAAGUUACUUUUCAUUUGCGAUUGUAUUUCUAGUCACUUAUUUGUCUAUUGGAUAAUACAAACUAUUUGUGUAUCAAUUUUUCAUCUGGGGUUAAAAUUCCACUGAUGCCAUAUAUUCACUGAAUGACUCUGUGAAAUAGUUCUUUUUCAAUCUGUUUCUGAUCCCAAGUAAGUAUGCUGUAUUUUAAUACUCUAAAUAUGGGCAAUCUUCUUUGUAUAAUAAGCAUGUGGGUUUUUUUUAGUUUUAAAACAUUUUAAAAUGCAACUAAUUUGCAUAUAAAUUGAUGUUUAAAACCUCAGCCCAAAAUUGAGCAAUAGAUUGCAUUUAUUCAUUUAUUUAUUGGAUUUAUUGGAUUUGUAUGGCUGCCACCUCUGGGCUCUAACUCUAGGCAACUAACACAAUAAAACACCAAAACAAAAGAAAAAAUAAAAACAUAUCAAAAAGAAAAAAGGCAGCAAAGAUAAUUGGACAAACAAAAAAAAUCAUAAAUUCACAAGCUCCACUAUUUCUGAAAUCCUAUGCCUAAAAGAAAAGUCAGCCCAGAAGUGCAGCAAGUUUAGGGAUCUAAUCUCAGGAGAAAUUGUGUUCCAAAGGGCUAACAUUGAGAGAAAAGACAUGUUUCCUGAUCAACGAGACCCAGAGCAUGCUUAUUUUGCCAGAUGUGAUGGGGCAGGUAGAGUCAAUUAGAGGAAGGUGGUCAUUGAAAUAUUCUGACUCUAUGCCAUGACCAGCUUUAUAGGUACUAACCAGCACCCUGAAUUGCACCUUAAAGCCUGGGAACCAGUGCAUCUUAAAAGGCAUAUACAGAUAAUGUAGUACGGGCAUACUAAUAUAUGCCCAUAAUUGCUCAUGCUGCCAAUUGUAGCUUUGUUUUGAAGAAAGGGGCGUUCCAUUUAGAAUACAUUGCAUUCUAAUCCAGUUGGGAGAUGAAAGAAGCAUGAGUGACCAUGCACAGUUCCUCUUGAUCCAGGAAAGGAGACAAUUAAUGCACAUGAAAUUGUAGAAAAGUCCAUCUGGCUGCAGCCAUCAACUCCGUGAGUCUAGGAGAACCCCCAAAUUGUACAUUGGUUCUGUGUGAGGCAACACAACUCCAUCCAGAACUAUAGACAGAAGAUCUACAGUCCAGAACUCUGGAUACCCUAAAAUCCAGAACCAUUCAGUCCUGCUUGGUUGAGUUGGAGCCCACUCAGACAUAGAAGCAGAAUCUCCACAACCCAAGACAGAACUACCUAUUCUGACAGAUGACCUUAUCCAAUAGCUUCAUGCAUAUGUUAAAUAAGAGUGGGGAGAGUGUUGUUGAAUCCUGAAUAACUUCAUGAAAAAGGGGGUGUGGGCUUAAUUCCCCACCCCUCUUGUUAACAUCAAUUAGAAUUGAUUCCAGAGGAAGGAAGAGAACCAAAGCAAAGUUCUGUCCCCAAUUAAAAGAUCCAGAACAACAGCAUGUUCAAUGGCACUGAAAGCCAUGGAGAGAUCAGGGACAACCAGAAGUCAACUACCCCCUCAAUAAUUUACAGUAGGAAAAGGAAGCUUGGAGGCAAAUUGAGGAGUCAGCUGAUACCUCCUUUAGGAGAAAAAACUGGAUUAAGAUUAAAUUGGAGGGAGACAACUAAAUUUGAGUGAUGCAAAGUGAAAGCUGUUCCAAAAUUACGGGUAUGGAGUGUGUACAAACAAGCCAUAAUGCAAAGUCACUUAGAGACCAAGAUAUGGGCAAGAUCUGUUUAAU